AUGACUCUGCUCAAUGGACACGACUCCGGCACAAGCGCUGAGCAAUCCCCGCAGCGCGUUAGUAACCUGCCUGGCUAUACUACCCCCAUAUUCAAAGGUAAAGAUGAACAACGCGCCAAGGUGCAGGUUGAUGUCAUUGCCAAGGGAUUCAUUCCCCGCGAGCUAGUCGCGAACGAGGUCAACUGGUUCUACUCUCAACUCGGCAUCGAUGACACCUACUUUCAUAACGAAUCGUCAUCUGUGAUAUCUGAUCACAUCAUUGCACUCUUCGGUGCCAAGAUUCUCGCAUACACGAAGCACGACCUCAGUAAGCUCGUCAUCGAUCUCGAGAAAGUCGACGAAACAGGAAAUGGGGCAACAUUCAUUCAUACCAGUUUGCCGGGCGUGACUUCUACCGAGGGCCCUGGCGCUACUUGCGAAUCGAGAAUUGACUCUUUAUACCUCGACAAUUCGACUCCGUCAGAAUGUUACCGCCUUGAGACUUUCCGAUCCACUGGAUCUAUAUCAGUAACAGCAUCCAAACAGUUGCGCUGUUACUUCAUUUCCAAGUGCAAUUUCAUUUCCCCACCCCCGCCCCCGCCCUCAAUUCGGACGGAUGGACGUACCGAUAUCCGUACUGUCUCCGACAGUGCUUUCCUCGAACGAGCGAGCUCGCAUACUCUUCGGGUAUACCAGAAGAUCAUGUGGCAAGUCGAGAGUCGCUAUGGUCCUGUCAUGGAAGUAUUUGAAGUUGAAGGCACUCGUGAAAGGCGUCUUGUCAUCGGAUACAAGAUGGGCGGCACUUCCCGGUUCUUCAGCGCACUCUCGAACCUCUAUCACUUUUACCAGCUGUACUCGGCCCGAAAGUAUGUGGAGCAGUUCUCCAAUGGGAUCACGAUCAUCUCUCUAUACCUGAACCCGAUGCAUAAUUCAACAGCCGCACCCAUUGAGCACUCUAUCUUCCAGGUGAUGAAAGAGGCAUCUCUGCUGUAUUGUCUUCCCGACAACCCCUUUUUCCUUGAUUCCGUCAACUCUGGGCAUGCUGUGCAAGAGGCGACCUAUGCUUAUUGUGGUUGGGUUUUCGCUCAACACUUCUGCAAUCGCUUGGGUCCCGCAUACCACCACCUCAAGAGUAUCUUGGACGAAUCGAAUCCCUCGCACGCUGAGGUGCUCAAUGAUAUCAAGAGACGUUUCAGAGAGGAAACUUUCACGCGGGAGAGUAUUGCUCAAGUCAUCCACGCACAUGCAGAAAUUAUUCGCCUUCUCUAUGUCAACUUCGCCAUGGUACACUAUCCAUCUGCUGAUCAGGCGUCGCGGCUGCGUCCUACUCUCUCCUACCAGCGUCUUCAAACCACGCAGCCCCUGUCUGACUCUGAACUGCAUGAUAAAAUCAGACGUGCAGUUCCGAACAAGCAGGAUCUACAAGUUCUCGAGAGCUUCCUCAUUUUCAACAAGCACAUUCUGAAGACGAAUUUCUAUCAACCAACCAAAGUCGCACUGUCGUUCCGUCUGUCCCCAAAAUUUUUACCCCAGGGUGAAUAUCCGCAACCGCUUUUCGGAAUGUUCCUCGUGAUCGGAAACGAAUUCCGUGGCUUUCACAUUCGCUUUAGAGAUGUUGCCCGCGGCGGUAUUCGUAUAGUCAUGUCGAGGAACGAGGAGAACUACAUUAUCAACAAGCGGAUGCUAUUCGACGAGAACUACGGAUUAGCUGCCACACAAUCUUUGAAGAACAAGGACAUUCCCGAAGGAGGCGCCAAGGGUACUAUUUUGCCUUCUCUUGGAGCGCCGCCCAGACGCUGCUUCGAGAAGUACAUUGAUGCUAUCAUCGACCUACUUAUCCCUAGUCAAAGUUCAGGGAUUAAGGAACGCCAGGUUGACUUGUAUGGCAAACCGGAUUUAUUAUUCUUCGGGCCUGAUGAGGGUACAGCAGACAUGAUGGACUGGGCGGCAUUGCACGCUCGUGAUCGUGGUGCCGAGACAUGGUGGAAGACGUUCACCACUGGCAAGAGUGCUCAGCUUCUGGGCGGUGUUCCCCAUGAUAUAUAUGCCAUGACGUCGCUGUCCAUUCGCCAAUAUGUGCUCGGCAUUUACAAGCAACUUGGACUGAGGGAGAAGGAUAUUACCAAAGUUCAGACUGGUGGUCCUGACGGAGAUCUUGGUUCAAAUGAGAUACUAUUGAGUUCUGACAAGACCAUUGCUGUUAUUGAUGGCAGCGGUGUCCUUGCCGACCCUGUAGGUAUCAACAGGAAUGAACUCAUCCGCCUCGCCAAAUUACGCGUACCCGUGUCUCACUUCGACAAGACCAAAUUGAGCAAGGACGGAUACCUUGUCAAGAUCGAGGAACAGGACAUCAAGCUACCCUCCGGAGAAGUCGUUCUCGACGGUACCGACUUCAGGAACGGGGCUCACUUCCGUUUUAAGGCAGAUCUUUUUGUGCCAUGCGGUGGACGUCCUGAAGCAGUGAACGUCUCCAAUGUUGCUGCUUUGAUGGAUACGGAAGGAAAACCCCACUUUAAGUACAUCGUCGAGGGUGCGAAUUUGUUCUUCACUCAGCAGGCGCGGUUGCACUUGGAGAAACGCAGGGUUAUCGUAUUUAAAGACUCCAGUGCGAACAAGGGUGGUGUUACCAGCUCUUCGCUUGAAGUACUCGCCGGUCUCGCCCUCACGACCCAGGAAUACCUCGACCUCAUGAUUUUCAAGGACGGCAAGCCAUCAGACUUCUACCAAACCUACGUUAAAGACAUUCAAGCCAAGAUUGCUGAGAACGCCGCAGCAGAAUUCCACUGCAUUUGGCAAGAACACGCCCGCUUACAAGGCGCUAAGCCCCGGACACAGAUCUCGGACGAGCUCUCUAUCAUGCUCAUCGAAUUGCAAGAUAAGCUUGAACAUUCCGACUUGUUUGAUGAUGUCCCAAGCCGCAAGGGGGUCAUGAGAAUUGCCAUUCCCAGAACUCUGGUGGACCAGGUCGGUCUAGACACCCUGCUGGAGAGGCUUCCCGAGCCAUACCAGCGCGCUCUGUUCUCGAGCUGGGUUGCUUCACAUUUCCUUUAUAAAUACGGUGUUCACAGUUCCACUAUAGAUUUUUUCCAUUUCGCUCGGGAUCUUGCACGGGAAUAA